AUGUUACAAUCCUGCAUCUACUAUCUUUUUCUCCGAAUUGUUUCCACCGACGCUGAGCUUGAAAGAGAGCGUUUCGCUCGAUAUGCUUCAUCAUUCUGGUCACACCAUUUCGCUCGUCUCGCCACUAUUCAAGAAGGAUUGGAGGUAUUUAAUGUGAUUUUGGAUAUAGCCAUACGCAGUGGUGCUGGUCCCUGUCAAAACGCUCAGAAGUGGUGUGUUAUUCACGACCUUGUCGUUCAUUUAGAUCAUUGGCGAUUAUGUCUGUCCACUGACAGUAGUUCAGACGACAACAUUAUUUCAGACGACGAAGAUGUAGAUCUAUCGGUUGCUACAUCCAAUCCCAUUUCACAGCAGACUGGAAAGACCGGACACGGCUAUCUUCAUCCUAAGAUCAUUGACAACGGGUUGAAUGCGCUUAUUAUCAGUUUGCUGCUUGACCAGGGAAUUGAUGUCAAAGCGACUGAUCGCUCGGGGAGGACACUUCUACACUAUGCAUAUACUUUUGGAUCGCUGUGGCUGGUGUCAACGUUGCUCAAUUAUGGCCUUGAUGCCUCUGCGCUAGACAACGAACACAACACACCUUUGCAUUCUCUCGCCAAACAUUCUCUUCCCUUCAGAGACGAAGGAGAAUCCUUCAGAGACGAAGAAGAAUUAGGAAUUAGAGCCGAAGGGGACCGCCUAAUGGUCUACCCAUCAACAAAUAAUCCCAAAGCAAUCAUAAACGUCCUUCGUUCCCACGGCGUCAAUCUUGAUGCUGUUGACGGUAACGGGAGAACAGCGCUUAAUGACAUGAUCAGGCGGCCAACAUACUGCGAUGGAUUUGGAUCCGGAUUAAUCACAGCAUUGAAAAACAGUGGAAGGGAUGAAUAUGCUUCAGAUGCUGACAUCUUUGAUAGUGAUGAAGAGGAUUUCUAA